UUCCACGUCCAUAAACUGUUUACGAGGGGGGUUAGAUAAGGUCUAGAUCUGGAAUUGGUAUCCCCUUACCCAAAACGGGGGCACCCAUCCCCACGUCCUCUACACCUCGACGCUGAUACGAACACCACAUGCGCUAGGUCGAUGCAAGGCAAUCUGCCCAUAGAGAAAAGAGCUGACAAGCCACUAUCGCUAUUAGGAAGCCUAGAUUCGCCAAUGAGGCAACGCCAUUUCCCAUAGGACACAAGACAAGACUAUCCGCGCUAUUAAACACCCUAAUUCUCGUACAACCAUGCCUCGACCAGAAUCCCUCCCGGCUAGGCUUCCCCGUAUAAACACACACAUGAAGGAUAACAAUAGUUCUUCUGUUGUUUCUGUUCCUAGUACAUCUUCCAACCAACGAAAGGUCCAACCUUCUCGGUCUUCGAAGAAGCACAUAGUGGAAGGCAACAAGAUGAUGCGUAACAUUGAUCGGCCUCCACCUGGCGACCCAACAAGCACUCGAAAGUCUCAGCUACACCCGGAGCUCAGUAAGAAGAGAAGCGCCUACUUUGAGAGCGAAUUUGCAGCAGCCAACCGGGAUCCGGACCCGGCCAGGGCUCGCAUUCAAAGUGAAGCCAUUGUCAUGGCAGAUCUGAGGACGAACGUCAUGAUCAAGGAUGAAUUCACUUUUAUAACUGACCUUUCGUAUCAUUUGUCCAAUAGAUAUCAACGUCCAGUGUCCUCUAUUGUUAUCAACCUGAACCAUGGUUGUUGUAUGAUGUUUGGGGGCUCCUUUGAACCGGCGUACACAUUGACUAUUCACGCAAUUCCCAGCCUGGUUCAGCCCACCACAAACAAGAGGAAUGCAGCGCUUAUACAACGCCACAUCCAUGAAACACUUGGGGUUGUAAUAUCGAGGGGUUAUGUGCGUUUUGUCGCCACUCCCGAGGAGAAUGUUGCCAAUGGGGGCAAGACGAUCGCUGCUGAAAUCAAUGAAUCAAGUAAUGCCACGACUGACGACAAGUCUGCCGAGAGUAGAAAGAGUGCCAAGUCGAAUCGGAGGAUUGGCGUUAAGUCUUUUGGGGGCUUCAAGUCAACUUCCAUGACUGAUCUAGCCAGAGUUCCAACGCCGCCACCGAGCACCUCGGACGAGACUACCCCAAUCACAACUAUACCAGAAAUACCACCUACACCUCCAGCUGAAGAAGACAAGCUAGGUGACCUAGUUACGCAGAGACCAGUGAAGACUGCGCCGCGUCGCAGAAGCCUGCGAUUUAGUCUGUUUAGUGGAAAGACAGCGGCUUAGACCCGGACGCUGAGCACUGCUGUGACUAUAGUGUGGUAUUGAACUUAAUU